GUAGCAUGGUGAAGAAGAGUUAGCUCGCUAGCAGCUAGCGUAACUAGCCUACACCUCACCCAGUGAAUGUGUUACGGUUUAAUUUACACAGUACAGUAACCUAACGUAGCUACAUUUAGACUGCUAGCUAGUUUAGCGUGGUUUAGCUCGCUAGCCGCAGUGUGAAUUGUUCCUAUCCGACUCUUCUCUCUGAGAAACUUUAGCUGCUUUUGUGUUUAAAAAUCUGAACGCUGAAUAUUUCAUGAGAUCUGAUCUGAUCGUCUGGUGAAGACCGGAUGGUUUUUAUUGACCCUGAGGCUCCGACAGCAUGAUCUUGUCUAGGGUGAAGCCGGCGUUCUCUGGUGAAAACUCUCUGAGUUCCAGUGAGAAGAAAAGGAAGAAUAAGGGUAAGAAGAUUCCUCGAGUAGAAGAUUACCUGAACCAGAGAGAUUACCUGGGAGCCAUUACACUGCUGGAGUUUCAGAGGAAUGGUGGAACAGCUGAGGAGAACACGGACCUCUGGAUUGGCUAUUGUGCCUUCCAUUUAGGAGAUCACAAGAGAGCCAUGGAGGAGUAUAAGACCCUGACCCUGAGUGCUGACUGUCCCCCUGAUGUCUGGGUGUUUCUGGGCUGCACUCUCUUCUUCCUCGGCCUGUAUAAAGAAGCUGAAGACGCUGCACUCCGAGGACCGAAGAGUCAGCUACAGAACCGACUUCUCUUUCACCUGGCACACAAGUUUGGUGAUGAGAAGAAGCUGAUGGGUUUCCACCAGAAUCUGGAAGACGUAACGGAGGACCAGCUAAGCCUCGCCUCCAUCCACUACAUGAGAUCACACUACCAGGAGGCCAUUGAUAUCUACAAACGCAUAUUAUUGCAGAACAGAGAGUUCCUGGCUCUGAAUGUGUAUGUAGCUCUGUGUUACUAUAAACUGGACUACUAUGACGUGUCUCAGGAGGUUCUGGCUGUUUAUCUUCAAAGCGUUCCAGAUUCCACCAUCGCCCUUAACCUAAAGGCCUGUAAUCACUUCAGACUGUAUAACGGCAAAGCUGCUGAGGCUGAGCUGAAGAACCUGAUGGAUAUCUCCUCGAGCUCGUUUGAGUUUGCUAAGGAGCUGAUCCGACACAAUCUGGUGGUGUUCCGUGGAGGUGAAGGAGCUCUGCAGGUUCUCCCUCCUCUCAUCGACGUCAUCACUGAGGCUCGACUCAACCUCGUCAUCUACUACCUCAGACAGGAUGAUGUUCAGGAAGCGUAUAAUCUGAUUAAAGACCUGGAGCCCACGACCCCUCAGGAGUACAUCCUUAAAGGAGUGGUGAACGCAGCACUAGGACAGGAAAUCGGAUCUAGAGAUCAUUUAAAGAUUGCACAGCAGUUCUUCCAGCUGGUUGGAGGUUCAGCAAGUGAAUGCGACACUAUCCCGGGUAGACAGUGUAUGGCUUCCUGCUUCUUCCUGCUGAAACAGUUUGAGGAUGUGCUGAUCUAUCUCAACUCUGUAAAGGUCAGAAACACACACACACACACACACACACACAGGGUUAAGAUUAUUACCCAAAAAGUGAAAUCAUUCUGUAUAUGAACCAACACUUUUUAACCAACACUGUUUAACUUGUUAAUGAACGUCAGAGUUAUAACAGUUUACAGUGAUAGUUACAGUGAUAGUUACAGUUACAUUGAUAGUUACAGUGAUAGUUACAGU